GGAUGUCGGAGGCCGCCUCGGUCUGGUUUCCGCCUCCAUUACAUUGCUCGCUCUCCUUUCACUUCCGCUACGAGCUGGCUCCGUGUGGCAGGACCACAUCAUAUAUUGUUCUGGGCACCUUCAAGCUGGGCUGGUGUCGGGCGGGUCGCUUUCCCUAAGAGCGCGUCGGGCCGUGCCUAGGAAUGGACUACAGCCCUUCAGUUGAUCUGGGUUCUGUAUUUUCCCCGAACGUUCGUGAAGUAUCGAUAUUCUUUCUUGGAGGGGCUUUCUGGUGCAGCUUGCAAUGCCUCGCAACCUCGCCACUUCUUCGCACACUCGCGCGACGGCUGGAUACUGUGUUCCGGUUCUCGAGUAUCGCGAAUCGUCCAGAGAUUCCUGUCUCCGACCCUGAAGCCCAGGAGAAACCGACUAUCCCAGGAUCUGCAAUAACACCUCUCACGGAGGCACAUCUUCGAGAGGACCGGAGCACGCUGAUCUUCAUCCUGUCAUUCUGCUUCGUGCUUGCCAGCCUUGGUGAUUUCUUGUCUCUCAUCACUUACGGUGCAGGGGCAGAUACGGCAUGCGCGUUUGUGAUUGCAUGGGGCGAUAUGUCCGCGCAUUCUGGACGUCUUGUCGGGCUCUUCAUCCUUCGUCAAGAACUCAGGUCCCUGGGUAUCAGGACUUGGGAGUACAUGCUAUUCUUGGGUUGGUUAUUGAUCGGCGUAGGGCUUAUAUUUGCGACGAAUGCCAUUAACAUAGGGAUGAUAAAUCCCAUACGACCCCUCCGUGCCUUCACCUGCACCCGCAACCUCUUCUUACCAAUUGCUCUGACAUCCGUUAUCUUCCAUAUUGUCUUUGAUUUCUAUGUUAUCUUCCGGCUGUCAACGUUGAUCAUGAAACGGUCGGCUGGGCUGCCCUCGCGUCAAGGACUGAAGGGUUUGUUCGAGAGACGAAUUGCGCAAGCGCUGAGCCUUCUAGCUCUGGAGAUAAUGGCUGCACCGACGGCGUUAUCCGAUAGGGACGUGCCUAAUUUCAUCCCGACCAGUAUUGGCUUCCUGCUGGUUCUUCUUGCCUACCAUUAUCGAAGUGCUGUUGCGAGGGUCGCCAUUUUAGGGUCACCUCUCAGUAGCCCGGCGCCGCGUAUAUAUCUCAGUCCGCUCAAGGCUCCUUCACUCGCUCCCGUCCUGCCACCUGUCUCGCUCUAUAGUAAUCCAUCGAACACCAGGGGCCUCCCAGCCAAUGAAGGCCGUGGCAUAAGGAGCAUGGACUCGCUUGCGAGUGAUCGCAUUCCUUACGAUGCUACAGGUCGACGGGCUGUACUACCCUCUCCGCCUGGCAUAGGACCUCAGGAAACCCUUGGAACCCGUGCUGGGAAGGAGAAGAUGGAGUUACAGCCGGUCGUACAGCGGGAUCUGAUAAAUCGCCAGAUUCUUUCCUCCCAAGUGGAGUUUGCAAGGCAAUUUGAGCAAGAUGCUCCUCCAGGUCCCCUAGUACCGAACCGCCGACGCCCGCAAAUAUCGAUCGCCGUUUCACCCACCUGGGACAGGGACGACGUGUCGCAUGUAGGCAGUACCAGAACGCUCAGUUCUGCGGUACUAGGUUCAGACAUCAUCCGCUACACCCCUAGUACGGCGAAGCCGAAACGGGACAGAACCAAGCGUUGGUCUGUUGGCUCUCGUUUCUCGACUAGGAGUUCACCUCGGGAUUCCAUGUCGACGUCUGCGAGUAGUGUCGCUCAGCUGUAUUCGGCCGUCUCUCCACGCGGGAUGGCUACGCAAGAGUUGCCUGUAGUGUACGAAGCUGGUGCUCGACGUGGAUCGCAGUCGUCGUCAGUGGUGCCGGGAUCGGGGAGGAGGCGGACGUUCGGUAACCAGUCCUUGCGUCGGGUAGCGAGCAGGUUGGCCGCGCCGGCGUUGUCGUCUGGUAGGAGGAGUCCGUUGGGUCUUCCCGCUCAGCCCCGUCUCGCCCCCGAUGGCAGCCAGCGGGACUCCUUCGGCGCGAUUAGGGGACCCAGACCCCCUCCAUUGUCGUCAGCUCGGUCUCUGCAGAGAGCGGCAAGGCAAGGAGAUGCUGAAAGUGUCAGGUCAACCAGGCCGCGGAGCGAAAGUCUCCCUGAACACCUUGAAGGAUCUCGCGCCGGGAGUGAUGCUGGGGAUUGGGCGGUGCCGGCUGCCUACUGAUCGUCCGCCCGUCUGAGCGUGGUACUGUAUAGCAACUGUGUUCUGUCUAUAAUAACCAUGAGAAUGGUUCACUAGUAAUAUAAGUGAAACUGAGACUGCGACCAGCAUGUAUAUAUCUGGCAGUGUUUACUGUACCAUAGCUAAUUAACAGGUCGGAUAAUACUUCCGG